AUGACUUCCUUCAAACCUAUUGACUCCAAAAAAGAGGAGUUCAGAAAGUAUUUAGAAAAAGUUGGAAUCAUGGAUGUUCUAACUAAAGCUUUGGUGAGCCUAUAUGAAGAACCAGAAAAACCAGAUGAUGCCUUGGACUUUUUGAGACAACACCUACUUGGCAAAUCAUCAGAAAGCGUCGAGUUGGAAGCUCUCAGACUCGAGCUCUGUGAGUUAAAGGUGAGGUAUGCUCAACUGCAGGAAGAGCAUAUCGAUGUCGUCAGUAAGCUUUCAAAAUAUGAGAUGACAGAGGCAAUGGCAAAGACAACACCAUCGACCCCACCACAUGUUCGUGCCCCAUCAUCUCCUAAUCAAGAACCAACUGAUCCUAAUCAGAACAUAGAUGAUAAUCAGGCGUUCCCGGCCAAAGACAGUACGGAAUUGACAAGCACCGAGAGUGCUACCUCUUCUUUGUAA